AUGAGCACAGUUCUGGAAUCUGCAACACCGCCCACUUUUGGAAAUGAAUCCGAUCUCCUGGCAUUACUAGAUUUCAAGAGAAGCAUCACUAAAGAUCCUCGCCAUAUCAUGAGCUCAUGGAACAAUUCCAUCCCUUUCUGCAGUUGGGCAGGCGUUACAUGCAACCCUUCCAACAAUCGAGUCAUCAUUCUGAACCUGGAGGCUCAAGAACUGGAAGGCUUCAUACCACCUUCAAUAGGAAAUCUUACUUAUCUUACUCAACUCAACCUCACAGACAACAAAUUUCGUGGUGGAAUUCCUCAAGAAUUGGGCCGUCUACUGCGCUUGCAACAGCUCAACCUGAUGGCCAAUUCCUUGCGGGGGAAUAUUCCAACUAAUAUAUCUCACUGUUCCCAACUAAGAGUGCUCGAUCUUGGUGACAAUGGACUUACUGGGCCAAUUCCAGAUCAACUCAGUUCAUUGUUUGAGUUGACUCAUCUGUGGCUUGAUACAAACAUUCUCACAGGAAGUGUCCCAGCAUGGUUAGGAAACUUUUCUUCUUUGUAUGCAUUUUCUUUUGGCGAGAACAAUCUCCAAGGAAGCAUACCCAGUGAGCUAGGGGGUCUAACAAGUUUGAGAAGAUUUGUACUUGCCGAUAAUAAUCUUUCUGGUACAGUUCCUUCUUCAAUCUACAAUAUUUCCUCAUUAUACUACUUCACUGUCACUUCCAACCACCUGCAUGGAGAGUUGCCACCAAAUGUUGGCAUAACUCUUCCUAAUCUUGAAGUUUUUGCUGGUGGCGUCAACAAAUUCACAGGAAACAUUCCUGUAUCAUUGUCAAAUGCUUCUAGACUCCGGCUUCUUGAUUUUGCUGAAAAUGGUCUUACUGGAAAGCUCCCUGCUGAGUAUUUUGGAACCUUGGGAAGGUUAGUGAGAAUAAACUUUGAUGACAAUUCACUGGGAAGUGGGAAAAUCGGUGACUUGAAUUCUCUCACUUUCCUGGCUAAUUGUACUAGACUUGAGGUGUUGAGUUUUAUCAAUAAUCGUUUUGGAGGAGAAUUACCAGAAUCCAUAGGAAACCUUUCGACCAAACUGAGAGUGUUUAGUAUGUCAGGAAAUUUGGUACACGGAAGCAUCCCUAUCGGCAUUGGAAAUCUUGUAAACUUAUCCAAGCUGGAACUAGGAGACAACAAUUUGGAUGGUAGUCUUCCUGAAGAAAUUGGGAAGCUUCAGAAGUUAGAGGGACUGCUUUUGAAUCUUAACAAAUUUUCUGGGCCAAUCCCAUCCUCCUUGGGUAACUUGACUUCACUAACAAAGCUAUUCAUGGAGGGCAAUAGGUUUGAGGGAAGUAUACCGCCAAGUCUUGGAAGCUGCAAAAAUCUACUAAUACUUGACCUUUCCAGUAACAGUCUAAAUGGCACGAUACCUAAAGAGGUAAUUGCGGAUUCAUCCCUUUCAAUUUCAUUGACACUGUCUAACAAUUACUUGACUGGUUCACUCCCAGAUGAAGUGGGUAAGUUGGUGCAACUUACAGAGCUAGAUGUAUCAGGAAACAAGUUAUCAGGUGAGAUUCCCACAACCCUUGGCAAUUGUGUUAGCUUGGAACGCCUUCAUUUGGAAGAUAAUGAAUUUGAAGGAACAAUUCCACAUUCUUUUAAAGAUUUAAGAGGCUUGGAGGAAAUAGAUGUAUCGGGAAAUCACUUAUUUGGUAAGGUUCCUGAAUUUUUUGUCCAUCUUGGAAAUCUUAAGAAUCUCAAUCUUUCUUAUAACCAUCUCGAGGGUGAAUUGCCGAAAGAAGGGGUUUUUUCAAAUGCAACUGGUGUAUCAGUUCUCGGAAAUGAUAAGCUCUGUGGUGGCAUCCCAGAAUUACUUCUACCUGCAUGUUCCAGCAGAAAGCCUCAAUCAUCUCUAGGAGUACUUGCCUCAGAAGUGAUAAUCCCUGUAAGUUGUGGAAUUUCAUUAAUAAUUGCCUUUUGUUGCUGCAUUGCUGGACGUUCAAUGGCGAAAAGGUCAAGAGACAGAUCCGUAGCAUCACGUACUUAUGAGGAUUGGAAAUCAGGUGUCUCUUACACAGAACUCGUUCAAUCAACUGACGGGUUCUCUACAAACAAUCUGAUUGGUUCAGGAAGUUUCGGUUCGGUAUACAAAGGAUUACUCAGUGGUGAGGGAAUGGUGGUUGCUGUUAAGGUAUUAAACCUUCAACAACAUGGAGCAUCGAAGAGUUUCAUUGAUGAAUGCAAAGCAUUAAGAAGUAUAAGGCACCGCAAUCUUCUUAAGAUCAUAACUGCCUGCUCAAGCAUUGAUAAUCAGGGAAAUGACUUCAAAAGUCUAGUUUUCGAGUUCAUGGAAAAUGGAAGUCUAGACUCUUGGCUGCAUCCCAGAGAUGAUGAGCAAUCUCAAGGGAAGAGAUUGAGCCUCAUCCAAAGAUUGAAUAUUGCCAUCGAUGUGGCUUCUGCAAUAGAGUAUCUCCACCACUAUUGCGAACCAUCCAUUGUCCAUUGUGAUCUAAAGCCCAGCAAUGUUCUUCUUGAUGAAGAUAUGGUAGCUCAUGUUGGUGACUUUGGUUUAGCAAGCUUCCUCUUGGAAGCAUCGGAUGAUCCCUCCGAGAUUCAAAGCAUAUCAGUUGGACUAAAGGGUUCCAUAGGCUACAUUCCUCAAGGUAUGACAUCUUAUGAUUAUCAUUUUCUUUUUCCAUUAUUAACAACUUUUUGAUAAAAAUUUAUUAACAACUUAUUGAUAAUAAUGAUAACCCUCUUUAUCAAAGAAGAAAAGAUCAUAUUCUUUGCCUAUAUAUAUUUACAAUUUUCAUUGAGAUCUGAAAUAUAAUUUCUAAAUCUAAAUUCCAAAGAAAAGUUCACUAUGAGUUCCUUAUGUAUGUAUUGAAUGGCAGAGUACAGCAUGGGAGCCAAAGUUUCCAUACUAGGAGAUAUUUAUAGCUAUGGGAUACUGUUGCUAGAAAUGUUCACAGGGAGAAGACCUACCGAUGACAUGUUCAAAGAUGGUCUAAGCAUUCACCAGUUUACAGCUAUGGCUUUGCCUGACCAUGUUAUGGACGUUGUUGACCCUUUGUUGCUCACAGAAAGAGAUGAAGAGAAUGAUGAUGGUGGCAGAGGCAGAAACGAUGUCGA